AUGAAUCACAAAUACUCACUACCGGGGUGGACGUAUCCCAGGUCAGGACGAAUUGGUCGCCUUGCAUAUUUCGCAACCGUCACAGUCGUCGCUCUUUUCGUGUUCUCGCUGGCCUACGUCUAUGUCGAAGAACCGCCGUUCUGGAAAUCGGGGCCGCCUCCCCCCCGUCUCGAUGACAUGGAUACUGGAAGUGCACAUAUAAUGGUUUCGCCGGGCUCCUCUCACGUCGAGCCAGAAGCAUCCCCUCUCCCGACACUACCAUCGCUGCCUAGGCCUGCCUUGGGUUCAACCACCGGAUCCUCACAUGAUACCACCUCUUCCGAAGAUGACCUUGCCUCUGCUGUUUCGAGUCUGCACAAGCCUGAGGGGUUGAGGGUUGUUGGUAUCAUCUUUUACGGACGUCGCGAUCGUUCGUCUAUUCUUGAAUGCUAUCUGCGCCAGAAUUUGGUUUCUAGUGGUGGUUGGUUGGACGAAGUCAUCUUCGCGGCAAACACCGACAACAAGGAAGAUCUCGCCUGGCUCGACCGAGUAGCCGAUGCAUCAGGUGGUGACUACAAGGUUGUUCGCAUGGAAGAGAAGGGAUAUGGCAAUGUUUAUGAGGCCUCUUUCAAGGAAAGAAAUACGAUUUAUGUCAAGAUUGAUGACGAUGUCGUCUUUAUUGAUCCGCAGGCCAUCCCCAAAGCCGUCACCACACUAAUCAACAACCCCAAUGCGCUCAUGAUCUCGGCCAAUGUUGUCAACAGCCCUGCGCUAGGUUGGUGGCAUUACCAUUCAGACGUUGCGCGGUCAUACAAGCCGGAGCUGGAACCAAACGAGACCGCGCUCGCCUCACGCGGAAACGGUGCAUGGAAGACAUCAGAACUACCGACCUGGUCCGGCGACCACAAUUUGGACUUCACAAAGUUCGAAAACUUCACAGACUACUUCAACGUCGAUAAGCCAGAAGACAUUCCCAAGCACCGCUGGUUGCCCACACGGAAUGAAACGGAUCUAUUCACUUCAAGCAUUGCCGCCACCAAUGCAGAGGGCGGACCUCAUCUCACUCAAUGGGAAAUUGGCGCUCAGAAUCAUUACGGCUUUUUUGAGCAUCUCGAAAACAAUGAGUUGGGCAGGUACUAUUUGUCCAAGGACUACGGCAAGGGUACGACUUGGAAUAUGCGUGGAUAUCGCUUGAGUAUCAACUUUAUUGUUAUGCAUGGAGCUGAUGUGCUCGACUACAUGGACGUCAUUACGGGUCACCCUCAAGGUGACGAUGAGCAUCAAUUGACCGUUGAGAUGCCACGGCUGCUUCGACGACCCGUCCUUGUCGAAUCCCAAUCCAUCGUAUCCCAUUUUUCGUACGGACCUCAACGAUGGCUCCACAAAACCGACAUCAUGGAACGCUACUUCAACUACGCAAACGACAACGUCUGCCCCGAGCAGAGUCUCAUCGACCCAAUGAAUCCCACCAAGACAUGGAAAUUACCAUCGAAUCCUGCCACAUCCCCGCAAUCCUCUCCUUCGUCUGCAUCUACCACAAAACCGACUCUCUCAUUACGAUUCUUCCGAAGAUAA